AUGGACUCCAAAAACACAGAGUCAAUAAUUCAGAGCUAUGUCACCCCGAGUGAUCAGCCGCCGGUCUUUAGUGCAUGCAAUGGAGUAGAAAAGCCAUUGCUGAUUGUUCUUUUGACAACUCUGAGCCCAGAAUUACAUCGAAAGCUUGUCCAUUACUAUAAAGCCACACUGAGUGAGACUGUGGACAUUCAGACAUGGGCUCCCUCUGGGGCAUUGCUCCAGUCGAUAGCAAAACAGGGCCCACACAUCGAUAGCUUGGGUAACAUCUAUGCGCUUGCAGUGUUUUUGCAUAGAUCUGGCUGGACUGGAUUUGUUGUUGCUGACGAGCUGACGAAGCGUCAGGUCACCACCACUUGCCGUGUUGGAGAAGACACCUCUAUUUCAGUCGUUGUGGUCACGGUUCAAUCGGAGGCUGCAACACCGACCCAGCCACGUGUGUCCGCUAGGCGAACAAAUCCGGAUUUCAAGGACGAAGUGAAGCUUAGUGAGCUUUCCAGCGGCACAGUGAAAGAGGUGCACCGAGUGCAAGAUAAGACACCUGCUUAUUUUUGGUCCGAAGUGGGCGGUUUGCUCCUAGAUUCUGAUCACUCAGUGUUUGCGCCUAACACCACCGACUGUUUAGGCUGGGAGAAAUACACCGAGUCGUUGAAAAUGCCGCAGGAACUACCUCCAUCAAGGCCAGGGCAGACAAGCCCUUUACAUCUGAAUAACGAUAACACAGUUGUCGACAUGCCUAUUUGGGAUCGUCCGCAAUGCGCGGAGCACAUGCAUAUCUUUCUCUUUUUCCCCACAACAGCGGAGGACUUUCAAAUCAUGCAAUCGAUUAUCCAGGAAGCUUUGUCAAAGCACCUCGAAGGAAAUCCUUUUCGACCUACGAACAUGACAGUGGAGUUAAUUGGACUCGAAAAGCAUAAGAUCAAAUCUCGUCGCGAACUUAUGAUCUUCCGAGCAGAAAGUUACAAGCAGCAGGUACUGUUUGAACCAUUUUAUUUCCUCAUGGAUCCUAUCAAGAAUGCGACCGAUAUCGAGAAUGCAACUUUCGGCUAUUGUCGUGACGAGGACCCUGCUGCAUUCAUCGCUCUCACAUCUUUCGCUGGAAUGGUCAACUUCUUUCCAUGGAUAUCACCACGGAUACAAUGGCAUUUACAGCGGCAAAAGCUGUCUGGAACGAAGGAAAUUGAGUUUCUUCAUAGUCCUGGAAUUCCAUUCUACCAUAACCCAUUUCCAUGGGAGGCCUGUCAGCCGCAUGAAGACUCAUUCGAUUGGAUACCCGUGUUCUACCUGACGAAACAUUUGACGGCAGAGGAAGAUGGAAUUGUCAAAGCCGAGAUCAAUCUUGAUAUUUUUGGCGAACCUGGAGAACAUGUCGCAUCCUGUUAUGUUCCGUGGGAGGCAGAAGAGGAUGCCACGCUGGAAGAUAUAUGGGAGCUUAUAUUGAUGCAACAUAGAAGAACCGGGUUCGUGCCUGACACAUUCUUCUGCAUUGAUCGACAAGCACUCGAGAGUCAUGAUUUUCUGACAGUCGAGGCGGAUGUCUUUUAUAAAGAGACUGGCGAGGAGUACCCCGAUCUUCUAAAAGACCUAGAAUACCCCCUCCUGCGAGGUUUCUGGUAUUGUCGUAUCAGCGGAGAUAUGUGCCACGACGCGAAGGUUCAACGUGGUAUCGACAACAUGGCUUUUGAUGAGCUUACAAGGGAGAAGCCAAAGUGGUUCCGACGACCUGAUUGGCCUGCAUCAUGA